AAGAGUUAGUCCAGCAUGUAAACGUCAUUUUGAUGUCACGUAAUAAAAUGUAACAAGGAAAGUGUCAUGCACAGAAAAUUAUGGUAUAUCACGCAAAACAUGGAAGGUCAACUCAAAAUUAUCUGGUUUGUCAAGUGAGAAAAUACUAAGAAUCUAACCGUUUUUAAAUAUCAUCUAAAUUCAAUUUAGUAUUGAUAUUACGUGCUUCCUAAUUGAAAGAAAAACAAACGCCUUCAAUUUUGACAACUAAAGAAGAUGUUCGGAAAUAAUGCUUUCAUCACAUUUUUAUGCUUUGCUGUAAUAUGCUGCAAGUUUGGCAUGCCAGAAGAUUUCUGUUCUCUCAGUUUUAAUGAAAGAUGUCGACGACCUGAUUAUUUAUAUGAUCCAUUUCCAGUAACUUCUAACCAGCUACUGACACGAUGCUCAGAACACCUUGUGCAUCGCCAGUGCUUGAUUGAUUACGAAAACGAAUGUGGAAAGGAAACUUGGAAUAUCUAUGGACUCCAUGCAGACAUGAGAACUCUUAAUAAAUUCUGUGAAGAAGGUUCAGUUUUGUUUAACUCUCUUGUCGAAAAUGGGGAAUGCUUUAGCACAUUUCCCUCAGCCUUGAUUGAUGCUCGCCUUGAUAAAUGCCAAAGCAAUAUACGCAGUAGAGACCCAGAGAAAUACGACGAAAUAUUUUUUGUGUCAAAUGGAAAUGAUGAUAAGAAGAAACAGUGUUUCCUUGAUAUCAUGUACGUAACCUGUUUUAUUGAAGCAGUAUCUGAAGAUUGUGGAAAUACAGCUAAGGAACUCGUUCUGCAAGCAUUGAAUGAUAACGGUAUGAAUAACACUAUGUGUACGAAUUACGAAGAUGAAGCUAAGAUAUUCAUGAAGGAUAUGAACUUAAGCUUUGCUCCAAAAAUUUCACUUCAGGAUUUUAUACUACUACAAAGUAAACUGAAUGCGACUGAGAACUUCUAAGUCACGAAAUUUUCCAAGCCUUGAUACAAUAAUUUCAAUUGAAAUGUUUGGGAAAAACAAUGGCACCCAAUUUUUUUUCUGAGGAUGGCAAUCUUACAUUAAACAUUAUUUUUAAUACA